GAGGGGUGUUUUGGGGAAUACACUUUUUAAGAGUGUGGUGUGGGAUCAGAAGAAUCUGUAUUUAAAGAUAAGGAUAUCACUAGGACAGAAUUCCCACUCUACCAAACCAAUAUUGUGUUCCUCCUUUGGAAUGUGAGGGGAAUGGGAGGAGAUCAUGCAGAUUGUGGAAAUUUUCAGGUGGAUUAGCAUCUGAAGUUUACAGCUCCAAUUCAUGUUUCUCACCCAUUUCUGAAUUCUCAUAAGAAUUAAGAACUGGAAGAAAAACAAAGGAAUGAUGGCAGAGUAUAAAGUUAGAAAGGUUGAGCCUGGGCAGACAAAGAUCAGAGAUGUUCCUAUUGCUGUGACUCCAGAAGGGUUCUGGUGUUGUCCCUCCCAAGUUGUUUUCCAGAAGACCAUCAAGAACCAAAGUCAGCAAACAAAACAAAGGCCAGAGAAUCCACCUGCAACAUCCAAGUCUUCCUCUAAGAAAUUGUCAAGCCCGUCGUCCCCUGAAACUAGAGUGCAGCCCUCACCAUCAAGAUCUAGAGUUAGUUCUGAAGAUCAGAAAUGCUUGAAUUCCAGCACUUCUGCUAGUAGUCCACCAGUGACUUCAGAAGGAACACUGAAACCAAAUGGUGAGAGCCAUCAGAGAAAGAUAUCAGUCGGCUUUGGACAGCCUGAAACCAGUGAUUUGAAGGUGAAUUUGUCUGGGAAAGAGGGGAUCAUUGUUAAAAUGAGUGUUCACAGCAAUAUUCUUUCAGAGAAAAGCAACUUCUUUUCAGAUAAGCUUUCUGGACAAUCUCCGGUAUCCUGCAUUGAAAUAGAUGAUUGUGAGGAUGUGGAGAUCUAUGUUGAGGCUGUGGGACUGAUGUAUUGCAAAGAAAUGAAACAGAGGCUAAUGAAGCAAAGUGUUCCUCGUGUGCUCCGCAUACUUGAGGCUGCAAAGUCCCUUGGAUUCAGUGCAUGUAUCAAGUCAUGUCUGGAAUACUUAGAAGCAGUUCCUUGGGUUGGAGAAGAAGAAGAAAAUGUGAUUGCGUCAGUUACACAUAUUAAAUCUGAUACUUAUGGGAUCAGCUCGAUACUGAAAAGGGUAUCUUCUGAUAUCUCUAACCCCCCUAAUGCUACCUUUUCCCGUAUAAUGGAAAUGGUGCUCAAGAGCAAUGAUGAGAGAGGUCGGCGUGAGAUGAAAUCCUUAAUGCUGAAGCUUCUAAAGGAAAACAGCCUUUUGACUAAUGGCUCAGCAGACAUUUGUGUUGAGACAUUGUACAAUUCUUGCCAAAGUUGUCUGACUUCACUAUUAGCCUCAUUUCGGCAAGCAGCUGAACCUGGGUUCUUAGAUGAUAAAUCUUUAGGAUGCAAAGAUCCUAUCAUGCAGCAGAUAGUUCUGGAGGCUGAUAAUCUAUUGUGGUUACUUGAGAUUCUAGCAGACAGGCGUGUUGCAGAUGAGUUUGCAUUGAUGUGGGCUACUCAAGCAGAGUUGGCUAAAUUACACCCAAGACUGCCUAUUGUGUCACGCCACCUUGUUAGCUGUAUCACUGCCAGGCUUUUCGUUGGGAUAGGCAAAGGAGAAAUGCUUCCACCAAAGGAUACUCGCCAGCUACUGUUACAUGUAUGGCUGCAGCCACUGAUCGAAGACUACAACUGGUUGCAGCAUGGUUGCAGAUCAUUUGAUCGGAAGGUUGUGGAGGAAGGAAUUGGUCGAACAAUUCUGACACUUCCUCUGGAUGACCAGCAGAGUAUUUUGCUCUCAUGGUUAGGUAGUUUCCUGAAGGUCGGUGACAGCUGCCCGAACCUUCAAAGAGCCUUUGAGGUCUGGUGGAGGAGGACUUUCAUAAGGCCUUUCAUGGAACAACAGGGGGCUCGGUUGCGAUCAGAUAGAAAUUGACUUGAGAGUGCCACAUAGGCAAGAUUUUUAAGAUUUCUAUCAGUUGUGUAUCGGAAGAGCCAAUACAGCCAUAUGUAUUCUGUCACUGCUCAGAGAGCAUCAGUCUGCUGUUUUGAAAAUUUGGGCAUAAUAAAGUAUAUGACCGUGUGUUUCUUUCGCAUACAUGGUUAUAAAUCCUAAUCAUGUUUGUUUCUGACUGUAAAAUUGGUUUCCAAGUCAAUUGUGUUACUUCACACCAGAUGCUCAUUGAUGGAGGCUGGCAAGAAGCAUCAAGUUCACUUUACAUGAAAGUCACACCUGCUCCAUCUACUUGAGGGAGACGGCGCAAUCUUCUCAAUCAAUACCUGCCUCGUAUUAUUACAUCUUUCUUAUCAAGAAAUUCAAAAUGUAGAUUUUCAUAUUUAAUAUGUCUGCAUGAUACUAUGACGCAUCAAAUGUCUGUCCAUCAGAAUAUGAGAAUUGCAGACUCACUGGCUGGGACUACUAAGCCUGUUGAUUGAUCUUA